CGGUCUCGCGAGAUCUCCCCGCAAUAUAUAGCCCGCCGGAGCCGCGUCCGCCCCUUCGCCCCGAGCAGCCGCAGCCAUGAGCAGCAAAGUGUCCCGGGACACCCUGUACGAGGCGGUGAAGGAGGUGCUGCACGGCAGCCGUGCCAAGAAGCGCAAGUUCGUGGAGACCGUGGAGCUGCAGAUCAGCCUCAAGAACUACGACCCGCAGAAGGACAAGCGCUUCUCCGGUACCGUCAGGCUGAAGUCGACGCCACGGCCCAAAUUCUCUGUCUGUCUGCUUGGGGACCAGCAGCACUGCGAUGAGGCCAAAGCAGUUGACAUCCCUCACAUGGACAUAGAAGCUCUGAAGAAGCUGAACAAAAACAAGAAGCUGGUGAAGAAGCUGGCUAAGAAGUACGAUGCCUUCCUGGCUUCCGAGUCCUUGAUCAAGCAAAUCCCUCGAAUCCUGGGCCCGGGCCUGAACAAAGCUGGGAAAUUCCCUUCCCUGCUCACCCACAACGAGAACCUGGUGGCCAAGGUGGAUGAGGUCAAAUCGACCAUCAAGUUUCAGAUGAAGAAGGUGCUGUGUCUGGCUGUGGCCGUGGGUCACGUGAAGAUGACAGAGGAUGAGCUCGUCUACAACAUCCACCUGGCCAUCAACUUCCUGGUGUCCCUGCUGAAGAAGAACUGGCAGAACGUGCGAGCUCUGUACAUCAAGAGCACCAUGGGGAAACCCCAGCGCCUCUACUGAGGGGUGGGGGCAGCAAUAAACUCUGCAGACACCCAGA